AGGCUGUGCAUAUUUAAUUCAAUCCUCUCCUUACCUCAAUCCGUUCAUCUACUCUAUCUUCCAGUGUGUCAAGGUCGCUGUACUUUCCUUCAGUUUGAUGCUUGGUUGACGUAAAAGCAAGACCCCGCGCCUUCCCCUCUCAAGUCACGAGGGACAGCUUGUCACACUUCGGCUGCUCCUUCCCAUUCCAGCCUCUUCACUGCUCACUCUACUAUCAACUCAUUCGCAAACAUGGGCGAACUAAGUCCUUCCCAGCACCCCGUUAAAAGAGCAUGGUGGAAAGAGUCCUCCGUCUACCAAAUCUACCCCGCCUCCUUCAAGGACUCCAACGCCGACGGGAUCGGAGAUCUCCCUGGAAUCUUCUCCAAGCUCGACUACAUCAAAACAUUGGGCGUCGAUAUAAUCUGGUUAUGUCCGAUUUACAAGAGCCCGCAAGUCGAUAUGGGCUAUGAUAUCGAGGAUUAUAGGGAGAUUCAUGCUCCGUACGGCACGGUAAAGGAUGUUGAUCGCUUAAUUGAAGGAUGUCAUGAACGGGAGAUGAAGUUUGUGAUGGAUCUGGUGGUUAAUCAUACUUCUGAUCAGCAUAAAUGGUUCAAGGAGUCGAAGAAGGGGAAAGGCAAUGAGUUUCGGGACUGGUACAUUUGGAAGAAAGGGAAGUAUGAUGCUGAUGGGAAACGGCACCCACCGAAUAAUUGGGCUGCGGCUUGGGGAGGAAGUGCAUGGGAGUAUGAUGAAGCUUCAGAUGAAUAUUAUCUGCAUCUUUUCGCGCCACAGCAGCCGGAUUUGAAUUGGGAGAACCCGAAAGUCAGAGAAGCUGUUCAUGAUAUUAUCCGUUUCUGGCUGGAUAAAGGAGUUGAUGGCUUCAGAAUGGAUGUCAUCAAUUUCAUCAGCAAGGUGCCAGGCUUUCCUGAUGCGGAAAUUACGAGGCCAGAUCAGGAAUUUCAGUCUGGCCACAAGUACUUUGCCUGUGGUCCCAGACUGCACGAGUAUCUUUUGGCACUGGGUAAGAUCCUGAAGGAAUACAGUGCUUUCUCCGUGGGCGAAAUGCCUGGUGUUGAGGAUCCGCAAGACAUUUUGGACGCCGUUGGUUUCGACCGCGGUGAACUCAAUAUGAUCUUCCACUUUGAAAUUGUCGAUCUAGACCAUGGAGAUGGUGGAAAAUUUUCUCCCAGAAAAUGGGAGAUGUCGGGCUUGAAGAGAAUUGUCAACAAAUGGCAGACCUUCAUGAUCAAUAAUGAUGGCUGGAACGCUCUAUACCUCGAGAACCAUGACCAGAGCAGGUCCGUCUCACGAUGGGGAUCAGAUCUACCUGAAUUUAGAGCGGCUUGUGCGAAGAUGUUUGCUACCUUUCUAGCACUCCAGAGCGGAACCGUAUUCGUCUACCAGGGUCAAGAGUUGGGUCUGAUCAAUCUUCCAAAUGACCGACCUAUCUCAGAUUAUCGAGAUCUUGAAACCCUGAAUGCGUGGCGUGACUUGCUUGCAAGGUACCCCGAUGACAAAGAGCGCCAGCGUAUCAUGAAACGGGAGAUAACUCUGAAGUCGAGAGACAAUGCCAGAACCCCCAUGCAGUGGAGCAACUCCAAAUAUGCCGGGUUCUCUACAGCUAAGCCCUGGCAAAAGGAGAACGAGAGCUACACUGAGAUCAAUGCGGAAACGCAGGUCGGUGUGAAAGAUAGCGUCUUCGAGUAUUGGGCAACUCUCCUGCGUUUGCGUAAGGCCCAUAAAGACGUCUUCAUCUACGGCGACUUUGAACUUCUUGAUGCGGAGCACAAUGAUGUCUUUGCAUAUACUCGCACUUUCGAGAACCAGAAGGUUAUUGUGGUCACGAACUUUCGAAAGACACCGGUUACUUGGUCACUUCCCAAGAAUAUCACAUUACGGAAAGAUAACAUCUUGGUAUCUAACUAUUCGGAUCCCAAUAUCGAGGAGGGAUUAUUGUCUUUGCGUCCGUUUGAAGCACUUGCUUGUUAUUUGGACUAGAUAGCUUGUUAUUUGGACUAGAUAGCUAGUUAUUUGGACUAGAUAGCUUGCUCAUGGAUUUAGGCACAGUUGAAAAUAAAAAAGCAAUACACAGAAACCUAAGAGAUGUCGCAUAGAAAUAGGUAGAAUCUAAAAUGUGAGUCAUUAUCG